UAGUGAAACAUUUAAAAAUAAAAUAUUCAAAAACAAGCUUGUGGUGAAAUUAGUUAUGAAAAAACUUAAAAUUUAAUAAAAUGUUAUUAAAAAGUUUCUUUUUUAUUGUGUGUGACUUAAAAUGAAGAUUUAGGCAGUAUUUUCCAAAAACAAAAAUCCAACCAAACGAACAAAAAUCUCAUUGUUGUUGCCAGUUUAUAAAUAACUUAGCACUAAAUAGGAAUUUUAUGAGCAAAAAAUAAAUGUUAUCCCGCUUGCAUUUUGCUCAUAAACUAAGUGAUACCCAAAACAAAAUAUUUGAAUACUGUAUAUAUAAGUGAGAAUAAAAUUCUUCCAUAUUGCAACAAUCCAAAAUUCUAUGGUGUUAGAUAAAAGUCAAUUUUAAUCACUUUUGGUGGUUUAUAAAAAAAAAUAAAUAAAAAAUAUAUAAAAUAAAAAAAAAAUUACAUUAAAACCCUCUACCACUUUGAGGCAACUAAUAUUCGUAUUAAAAAAAAAACAGAAAAUCUACUUAAAAAAUAACUCUGCUACCAAACAAAUAAAAACUUCAUCUAAGGGAUUUUAAUGAAAUCUGCUCUCAAGCUUUGGAUAAUUGGAGUCCAUUACAAACAGAUGUUUUCUUGCUUGUGACAUGCAUAAAUCCUUGAAACGACCCCCCAUCAUUAAUACGAAACCAAUAUGGAUUAAAGCAACGAAACAACAACUUGAAUAAAAAACCAGAAAAAAUUAAUCAAAACUGAAACAAAACACUUUUGAUUGCCAAGCUGAGCCAUAAGAGAAAAAACAAAAAACGCAAUAAAAUCCAAUAUUGGGGAAAAAUAAGAAAAACAAUAACAAACUACUCUCUAGACCAGCAAAACAACCAAUGAAGCUAAAAAUAUUUGUGCAUAGUUCAAAGAAACAAUUGAAACAAAAAACCCCAGCAACAGAAGGGCAUAGCAGAGGCGGGCAGUAAAAAAAGCAAUAACAAUGUUAAAGCAACAGCUUAAGCUACAGCAGACAAAAACUUAAAGGAAACGGAAAUCAAAAUCAAAUAAUAGAAAACCCGAUUACCAAUCCAAUAACAAAUCCAGUAAACAGAGAAUAAGUCAUAGAUAUAUAGGAGCAAAAUAUUUCCAAGGCAUGUGAGUAAGAGGGGGGAAAGUAAAUUGAAACUCUCCCCUUGGUUCUGCUUCCUCCUUAGGUCAUUUUUACGAAAACUAUUUUGUCCAACACUUCAAGGAUAAACAACCAUGAACCAUAGACCAAUGCCGCACAACAUUGCCUUGGGCCAGAGGGGACACAUGGAGGAGCCAUACAAGCUGCAAGAUAAUCGAUUUAUCACUACAAUGUGUGACUGCCGGCAAGUCACGAACAAAUAUCACAAAAAUUCACACAAACGUAAACCCAACAAACGAACUAAAAUUCGUUUCAAAUCUAUGGGUGAGAUGAGUGUACAAGACAAUGUAAGUCGUGAAGACAAUAUGAGUUCUCAGCUUACAGCACUUGCAAAAGAAACGGAAGAAGUGAAUAGGCUUACAGCCUAUACAGAAUUGAAACACUAUGGCAAAACUUCACUAGACUAUGAUGACCAGCCUAAGGCCAACUCAAACUCACAUAAACUCAGCUGUCCCUGUAGGCCCAUAAACUUGGCACUUUGUGAGUCUGCACAAUCAUAUCCCAAAGAGUCUGCAUUGUGCGAAAGCAUCAUUAAAUCGUCCUCCUCAUCAACUUCAACUUCAAAACCCUUCUGCAGACAGUGCUCAUUGUCGAAAUCCAAUAUCAAUAUGACCCCUGGGCCCAGUGACUGCUGUUCGAGACUAUUUGCCAAUGCAGGGUCCUACAAUUUGCUGCAACGUCUUGUGGUGCCAUUGGUAUGGCAUCUAACUGCCUCCAGUGUCAUUGCCUUGCUGGCCACACUCUGCUAUUGCCUGGCCUAUGCUCAAGGUGUGAUGGCCACAACUUUGGCCAGCCGCACAGUGGAGCAGAUGAUGACCCCUGCCAUGUCAUCAGCUUCAACUCCCCUAACAGGCUUGGUGACUUUGGCCUCCCAUUUGGAGGGGGCUAUGAAUAACAACAAUGCCAUGAUGGCCAACAGGAAUUCUCAACGAAGUGGCAACAAGCGACUUUAUGGUAAAAGCAGCCCAUCCACCACUGCAACAUUGUAUCCUUCCUCCAUCAACUACAGCAGUAGCAGCAGUGGCAGCAACAGCGACAUUGACAUGCCCAUAAAAAAGGACACCAUCGGGGCCAACAUCAUUUGGACUACCAGCAUUAAUACAACAACGGAAAUGACUAUUUUAAAUGAUGUUUCCGCCUCGUUGCCUAUCAGCUCUUCUUCGGCCACUUCCGUUUAUGUUGGCCACACUUCGCCUCGCCCCACAUCCACCCCGGCCACCUGGUAUCCAUUUAAUGGCGUUGAUGUUUCACUUGCCCCGGCUUUAAAUGAGAGCAACAGUCAAAACAGCAGCCACCUGGAUGAUGGCUUUGGCAUGUCCGGCUUGGAUGAUGGCGAAGCUUUUGAUGACAUGGAGGAUGUUAAAGAUCCCAAGGACUACAUAUUUGAUCGCACCGAUGUCAGGAUUAUAUUCAUAACAUUAUACACCAUGGUGUUUUGUUGUUGUUUCUUUGGCAAUCUGCUCGUAAUCUUGGUUGUAACAUUAUCUCGUCGCCUACGCUCCAUUACCAACUUUUUCUUGGCCAACUUGGCUUUGGCCGAUUUUUGUGUUGGAGUCUUUUGUGUGAUGCAAACAUUGUCGCUUUAUUUGAUAGACAGUUGGGUGUUUGGCGAAUUCCUUUGUCGCAUGUACCAAUUUGUACAAUCGCUCAGCUAUACAGCCUCCAUAUUUAUUCUGGUCGUCAUCUGUAUGGAACGUUAUUUUGCAAUUGUACAUCCGAUAACGUGCAAACAAAUAUUGACUGCCGCCAGAUUACGGAUGGUUAUAUUGACCGUUUGGAUAACAUCUGCCGUAUAUUCGACACCGAAAUUUGUUUUCAGCAAAACUGUCAUCAAUGUCUACAAGGAAGGUGGACGAGAGGAGGUGAUUUGUGUGCUGGAUAGGAAAAUGUUCAAUUCGAAAUUAUUGGAUAUGAUCAAUUUUGGAUUGCUGUAUGUUAUACCGCUGUUGGUGAUGACGGUGCUGUACAGCAAAAUCGCCAUUGCUUUGUGGCGCAGUUCGCGUGGUCUAUCCCAUCAUUUGGCCCAGCAGGAGAACAGCAUGGGCUUACACAAUAGCAUGUAUCAUCAUCAUCACCAUCAUCAUCAUCAUCAGAAUCAUCUGCUGCACAAUAGUGGUCAUCAUCAUCAUCCCAAUAAUCAUCAAUCAUCAACGUCACAACAGCAUACCGGCUUGGGUACUCCAAUCUCGGCAGGCAGUGUCACCUCCUCCACAUUGUCACGCAAGGGUAGCAGUAAAUAUGAAAAGAGACGAGUGGACAUAUCCGAAAGUCAGGGCAAAGUGCCGGUGGCCGCCCCUGCCCCGAAACAACCUUUCAAAUGA